CCAAUAUGUGUUUAUUUCUGUGUAUAGUAAACACUUUUCAAGUUUGAUUUGAUUUUAUGAAGUGUUUAAUUAGAUAAAUAAGUUUAGGGGUUAUGUUUAGGGUGUGGACGACUUAUAUUUCGGUCGUCUGUUGAAUAAUUUACACGGACGACGUAUAUUUCAGUCGUCCACAUCGUACCGAACCUUUAAUUUUACCAAUGUACGUUUUAACCUAACCGGAUCAUUUACCGGACAUAUAAAAGCUAUUUUUUUCACUGUUUCACAAUUUUACGAAACCCUAGCGCCGUUUCUCUCCAACGGCGAUUUCGAAGGCGAUAAGACGAAAACCCUACCGUGGUCGUGUUCCGCCGUUAUCUUCGCCGGUAAUCUCUCCGAUUACGACGAAUCUCGUUUCUCCUUCAUGCCGUAGAGUAUUUUCGUAGUUUAAACUGACCGUCCGCUUCUUUUUUUCAGAUCUGAAAUCUCGUUUGCCAAACUCCGCCGCCGGUAUGUUAUUUCUCAUGUAUUAAGGCGUUUAGCCGCCGGAAAAACCCUAAAUAUUUUAGUAUUGAUUCUUCUUUUCCCUUCGAUUUGCAGAUCUGUAACGGCUUGGGGCCACAUCUUCUCCGACCAUAUCUUCUCGGACAAUAUAUUCUCCAACUGCCUUUAAAUGGAUUUACCAGAAUUCCCGCCGAGGAUGUUUACAUUAGGAGAAGAGCCUGAUGCAAUCAGGAGCAUUUCGUAUCAUUCUGAUGACACGAAGUUGUUUAAAGCUCUAUGUGAUUGUCUCACAGCUGACGAAUAUGAGGAUCUGAAGGCGUCGAAGUUAGGAGUGUUCAUCAAAUUCAAGGAGCUUGACUUUGGUUGGACUUCAAGGCUGGUACAUUUUAUGCUCUCUUUCCAGCUAGACAUCAAGAAGAAGUUUGAGCUCUGGAGUCUUGUCGUUUCACAACCUGUGAGGUUUUCACUGAUAGAGUUUGAAUACCUCACUGGGCUGAACUGCGAUUACAUCAAGGACCUGGAAAAUCCAAGGUGUGAGGUUACGACGGAGAUGGCUGCUUUCUGGGAGAAGAUGGGUGUUGAUAUCGAUACUGGGCCAAGUAUUGAUCAGAUAACAGAAGCAUUUUACAACUGCGACGAGUGGUCUCGGGAUGAUCGCAUGCGGCUGGGAUACCUUGCCAUCUACGCAGGGUACAUCGAAGGGAAAAAGUUCUCAUCCGCUACAUCAGCUAGUCUUGCAAGGCUAGUGAUGGAUUUAGAAAAAUUUGAGAAUUAUCCAUGGGGGAGAGUGGCGUUUAAGGUGCUGAUGGAUUCUCUGAAGGCAAAAGACUUGACGCAAACUGGUUACACUGUUGAUGGGUUCAUACAAGUGCUCCAAGUGUGGGCGUACUAUGCUCUGCCAGAAUUGGGUGCUAAUUAUGGGUCUCCCGUACCAAACAGACCGUCUCCACUGUUGCUGGCUUACAAGGGUGGCAAAAGACAACGCAAAUUUUUUAAGGCUGCUAUCAAUAAACAGACUAUCGUGAAGAACUUCGUUCAGAAGGAUUUUGAUGAAAUGUUUCCAAAAUGGGACGGAGACGUAGAUGACCCUGCCGCGGAUAACAUAAUUAAAGUCAUGUUUAAUGAUCCUGGAUGGGAGUGGACCAUGGAAUGCUGGCCAGUCACCGGUACUCGCAAGGUUGUGAAGAUGGAAGUGAUUCCAGUGAAGAAUGAAGUGAGUCCCGUGAAGUCAGAGAGUGUUGUGAAGGAAGAAAGUAGCAGACCUCGGAAGAAAGCUCGUAAAGGGUCUUCUGUUUCUGCUGAGAAACCUGCGGCGGGUAGUGAAGGUCAGCAGAUUGAAAAGACCUUGAAGGACAUAUCUGAUGCCAUUAAUCUUGGCUUUGGGACGUGUCUUAAGGAGCUCAAGUUACUGGCGGAUAGGAUUGAAGCUGUGGAGAAGAAGGUGGGAAUCACCAACAGAGGGGGUUCAUCUGAUGAUCGUCAACUUACAACCACUUCAAAUCCACCAAAACCUGUUGACGAACCCGGGAGUGAAAGUGUGAAUGGGGCGAAAGCAGGACAGAAGGAAGCCAAAGAACCGAGUCUUACUACAGAACCGAGUUCCUCGAGAGAGCUCUGUCUUGUGAGUCCUGCAGACGACUUACCGAGUGAAGAUCCUAGCCUUCUUAUAUUGGACAAACAAGUUUCGACCGCUUCAGAUUUACUCGUUGAAGAAGCUAGAAGGCAGACAAAGAAGGAGACUGCUUUGGUGAAUCUCCGUAAAAAAAGUGUGCGAGAAAGGAAGCUUGCUCCCACACAGCAAACUCCUUUUAAGGGAAACAGCACUGCCAAACAGAUCAUUCCAAACAAACAGGUUGGCGGAGGCUAUGAUCCUUUUGCACCCAUUGACAAGAUGAAGUCGAAGGAGCUCACUGCAUGGGUGCAAAAAGAUCCUUCUUAUAAACUGCCUCUGAAAAAAAAACCACGUAGAUGUCGAAGUCGAUUCUAUCAGGUCCUCCGAACCCCCUUAGAAUGGCUAACCGACCAUCAAAUGGAUGCUUUUAUUAAUAUACUGAGGCAACGGUACCAAAACCAUCCAGAACAUUUCAGGAGCGACAGAAUGUGCUUUCUUGAUCAUGUCUUUUCUCGGCAGUGGAGGGCCUCCUACCCUGAUUUUAAGAGCGACGCUCCUGAUGCCAACGGUUUAGGAAGAAGACUCCCUGGUGGGGCGUGGAAUUAUCAUGCAGGCUUGAUACCUUCUUUUUGCCAAUCUAAGAAGGUUUGGGGGGUGGAUGUGGAUGAUAUCUAUGCACCUGUGAACUUCAAGAACGAGCAUUGGAUUGCUAUAUGGAUAUCGAUCCCUAAGAGGCACAUCGUCGUCUGGGACAGCAUUGUCUCUCAUAUUAGGCCUGCAGAACUCGAUGAGGUAAUGGAGCCUUUUGUCACAAUGGUCCCUUAUCUGCUUGUUGAGUGCGCGCUCUCUGACGAACAAAAGGUUCAAUACACAUUGGAGCCAUACACAUAUGCGAGACAAACCGUUGGAGUACCUCAGUGCCGAGCUGGUGAUUGUGGGGUUUUCACUCUGAAGUACAUCGAAUGUCAUGCUCUUGGGAUAGAAUUUCCCACCGCGUUUGACAAAAAACACGGGAAGACCAUCAGGGAGAAGAUGGCGCUGGAUAUAUUUCGAGAGCUUCCUAAGUGCCAUGAAUGGGAAAACCAAGACAAUGAUGAGAACCUGGCAACGUAUGAUUAGAUAUUGGAUGUGUUAUUGCGAUUGUAUUUGAACUUGAUGCUUUUGUGUACUGUUGUUAGGUAGAUUAGGGGAUGUUAACAGGGUCAGGAUAGGAUGAUGUUUUUUGUAACCUAUCCUCACACCAAACUAGAAUUCCGUAGGAAAUUAGUUUGGUAGUGCAGUAACCUUUCGGAAUAUGUAAUGUUUAACUUGUAUUUUUUAAAUUGCACUGUUGGAAUUAGUUUCGGAAUAUGUAAUGCUUAACAUAGAAGGUCUACAAAGAAAAGUUCAUAAAACAUAUAAAUUCAUAACAUAGAGUCUACAGAGAAGUUCAUAAAACAUAGAAAAUCAUUGGACGACUUACUUAAAGGUCUUCUGGACGACUACAGAGAAGUUCAUAAAACAUAGAAAAUCAUUGGACGACUUACUUAAAGGUCUUCUGGACGACUACAGAGAAGUUCAUAAAACAUAGAAAAUCAUUGGACGACU